ACCUGGAUGAAGCUGUCUAUCUAGACCCGUUCCAGUCCGGCUUCCAGCCCGUAUAUAGUACGGAGACAGCUUUGGUCGUGUUGGUGGAUGAUCUCUGGAGGGCCAGAGACAGGGGUUGUUCCUCUGCCCUGGUCCUAUUAGAUCUCUCAGCGGCUUUUGAUACCAUCGACCAUGGUAUCCUGCUGCACUGGUUGGAGGGCUUGGGAGUGGGAGGCACCGUUUAUCGGUGGUUCUCCUCCUAUCUCUCUGACCGGUCGCAGACGGUGUUGACAGGGGGGCAGAGAUUGACCGCGAGGUACCUCACUUGUGGGGUGCCGCAGGGGUCGAUUCUCUCGCCUCUCCUGUUCAACAUCUAUAUGAAGCCGCUGGGCGAGAUCAUCAGUGGCUUUGGGGUGAGAUACCAACUGUACGCUGAUGAUACGCAGCUGUACUUUUCCACCCCAGGCCACCCCAAUGAAGCUGCUGAAGUGCUGUCCCGGUGUUUGGAAGCCGUACGGGUCUGGAUGGGGAGAAACAGGCUCAAACUCAACCCCUCCAAGACUGAGUGGCUGUGGAUGCCGGCACCCGGUACAGUCAGCUGUAGUUGCAGCUGACUGUUGGGGGCGAGUCAUUGGCCCCAGUGGAAAGAGUGCGCAACUUGGGUGUUCUCCUGGAUGGACGGCUGUCGUUUGAAGAUCAUUUGACAGCCGUCUCCAGGAGAGCUUUUCACCAGGUUCGCCUGGUGCGCCAGUUGCACCCCUUCCUCGACCAGGAUGCCUUAUGCACGGUCACUCAUGCGCUUGUUACCUCUCGCUUGGAUUAUUGCAAUGCUCUCUACAUGGGGUUCCCCUUGAAGUGCACUCGGAGGCUUCAGUUAGUCCAGAAUGCAGCUGCGCGGGUUAUAGAGGGAGCCACACGUGGCUCCCGUGUAACACCACUCCUGCGCAGACUGCACUGGCUGCCUGUGGCCUUUCGGGUGCACUUUAAGGUGCUGGUCACUACCUUUAAAGCGCUCCAUGGCUUAGGGCUUGGGUACUUACGGGACCGCCUGCUGUUACCACAUGCCUCCCACCGACCCGUACGGUCACACAGAGAGGGACUCCUUAGGGUGCCGUCCGCCAAGCAAUGUCGGCUGGCGGCGCCCAGGGGUAGAGCCUUCUCUGUGGGGGCUCCUACUCUCUGGAACGAACUUCCUCCUGGCUUGCGCCAAUUGCCUGACCUUCGGACCUUUUGCCGUGAGCUGAAGACGUAUUUAUUUACUCGCGCGGGGUUGGCUUAAAUUUUUAAUUCUAAAUUUUAAUUUUUUGGAUGUAUUUUAAUGGGUUUUAAAUUUUUAAUAUGUUUUAAAUUUUUGCCCAAUUUUAUAAUAAGUUUUUUAACUGUUUAUUUUAAAUUGUAUUUGUUACUGUUUUUAUUUCUGGCUGUACACCGCCCUGAGUCCUUCGGGAGAAGGGCGGUACAAAAAUCUAAUAAAUAAUAAUAAUAAAAUAAUAAUAAUAAUAAUUUCUCCACUAUAUUACUAGACUGUGUGGUUAAAACUUAACUAAUCUGCUUGGCCAAACUGACUCACUUAUCGGAAUAAUAGUUUCUUCCUGUUUUCUAGUCUUCAACUUUUUACCUUUAAUGUCCCAAUGUCCUACUGAACUUUUAUACCCACAACUCCUAAAAAUUGCUUUCUUUGCAAAAACAAUAUUGUCUCUAUCAGUUUCUUACAUGAAAAACGUCCCACAACGUUCCACUGGUUAAUUGUCCUCACUGUUAGGAAGUUCCUCCUUAUUUCUAGGUUGCUUCUCCCUUUGAUUAUUUCCAUCCUUUCUUGUUCUGCCCUCUGGGGCUUUGGAGAAUAGGUUGACCCUUUCUUCUUUGGGUCAGCCCCUGAAAUACUGGAACACUGCUAGCCUAUCACCCCUGGUCCUCCUUUCCACCAGACUAGACUAGCCAAUCCCUAAUCCUGCAACUGUUCCUCAUAGGUUUUUGUCUCCAGGACUUUAAUCAUCUUAGUUGGGGUCUUCUUCGCACUUUUUCCAAAGUCUCAAAAUCUUUUUUGUAAUGUGGUGACCAAAACUGCACGCAGAAUUCCAGGUGUGGCUUUCCUAAGAUUUUAUAAAUGGCACUAAUACUUUGUGUGAACGCAUGAAAGUGGGCUAAUCUCUCUCUUUCCCCUCAUUUUCUCUUUCAAUCUUUCUCUCAAACUGUCACAGGAUUGUUCUGUGAAAAUAAGAGGAAAAAGGAAUAUUAGGUAUGCUAAUCACCUUGAUUUAUUUAUAAAAAAUAAUAAAGACAUAAUAAGUAAAUCAAUUGGUUCCAAUUUCAACCCAAAACACAACCUACAGCUGGACAAGACCCAAGUGUGCCCACAGCUUCCCAGGUGCCUGACAAAUGCUGGUUUUAAGUGGUCAGUCCUCCUCUGUUGGGCACCUUCAGGAGUGCCUUUCCACUUCACCCCUCAAAGCCUCUGGGGUGGGGAGGGGAGCACUCACUUCCAGGAGAGGGGGAGGACCUAAGGCCAGGGGAGGGGCUCUUUCACCAAGUGGCUCUGGACAUCCCCCAUAUUGGCUCCAUCAUCAGCCUUUGGGGUCUCCCGAGUUUCUGUGUGUGAAUUAGUUGCAUUUAAUGCUGGGGAUGUUGCAUUUAAUGCUGUACCGUUUUAAUGCCCUAAACUGCCAAACAUCCAUUGCCACCUCCUGUGCUUUUUCUGCUGGACAAGAGAGGCCGGCCGGCCGGCCACAAGUCCUGCAGCCGCUCAGGGCCUUUUGCAGGGUCUGGAUCCAGAGGCCCCUCCCCAAAAGAGGCCUCAGCGGCUGCCAGGGCCAAUUAUUUCUGCGGAAAUAGAAAGGUCACACUUGGGACGGAGGUCCAAAUGAAGGGCCCAGAGCAGAAGAUGUCUCAGGUAUUUACACAGAAAGUUUCAGUUGCUAUUUACAAUCCAUCGAUGAGAAUCAGUUUUUCCACCUAGUUCAUUGCAUUCGUCCUGUUGGGUACAAUGUUCCCUUUGGCUUUACUUCAGUGAAACUUUACUUCAGUGAAACUUUCUUAAUCCUGUCAUCGUCGGGUGUUUCCUGUUGCACAUCUGUAGUUUGUCACUUUUGCAAGACACCUAGAAAAAGCACAGACAAUUUGAUCCGUUCUCACUUUUGGGCAGCUUCCUUGUACAUACUUUGAUCACUUGUGGCUCAUUUGGAGUUGAGGCCUCUUCUUAUGAAAGGGGGGAUUCCUUUCCUAGAGAAAUUAUGGGGGCUUUCCCCAUUUGAAGGAUUCCCCUUAUUUUCUAUCCUUCAGCUGUCAGAACCUUCCCUGACCAAAGUCCAGCCGCUCAGCCUGAGUCCACUGAGAGGAAAGUAAACCAGGCCGAUGGUUGCCAACUGGGCAAAAGGGGCCCUUUUAUUCUCUGCCCCUCCCUCGACAGAGCCAGGCUCCGCCCACCCUGGGUGUUACCAGUUUGGGUAGAUUUUGGGUCGAAACGGUGCCAGGAAACACGGAUCCUCUCCUCUCCUCUCCUCUCCUGCGGAAACCCCAAAGGCCAUCCUACCACUGCCUACGGCCGCCAUGCCGCCCUUCCCAAAGCGCUGCCUACGCUGCCUGGCCUGGCUGCUGGGCUUUCUUGCCAUUCUCUUAGCGCUCACCUUCCUUGUGGGUGGCAGACACGAGGAGCUGCUCUCGCGCUUGCUGCCCCUCCUGCUGUGGGUCUGUGGUGUGGGGGAGCCCCAUACAGCCAACAGCCACCCACUCCUGCCCACCACUGCCUUCUUCCUGCUGUCCCCGCCAGCCUGUGACCUGCCUGCCACCACCCCAGGGCUGCUGGUGCUGGUGGCCAGUGCUCCCGGGCAUGCGGCACAGCGGGUGGCAGUGCGGCAGAGCUGGGGGAUGGUGCAGGAGGCCGGCGGCCUGGCAGUGCGCACCAUCUUUGUGCUGGGGCUUCCCGGGGAGGUGGCGCUGCAGGCGGCACUGGAGCACGAGGCAACCAAGCACGGGGACCUGCUUCAGGGACACUUCGCCGACACCUACGCCAACCUGACACUGAAGACCCUGACACUGCUGGGCUGGGCCGCCACCCACUGCCCUGCCACCCGCUUCCUGCUCAAGGCCGAUGAUGAUGUCUUCCUCAACCUGCCUGCCCUGGCGAGCCACCUGCGGACGCUGGAGGGCCCGGAUGCUGCCUACCUUGGCCACGUCCACUGGCUAGCGGUGGCCAUCCGUGAUCCCCACAGCCGCCACUACGUGCCCGCUUCGCUCUACCCAUCACCCAUCUUCCCACCCUACUGCAGCGGCCCCGCCUACGUGCUCUCUGGCUCGGCCGCCACUGCAGUGCUGGCAGCUGCCCGCCACCUGCCAUUGCUGCCCGUGGAGGAUGCCUUUGUGGGACUGUGCGCCCGCCAUGCUGGCAUUGCCCCACGCCACCUGGCCCACAUGGCCAGGUCCACUCGUUACCCGCCCGACGCUUGCUGCUACAGGGAGGUGCUCUUCAGCAUACACGGUGUGGCACCAGUCCAGAUGCUGGCCAUGUGGGCAGAGCCCGAGCGACCCUGCUCCACCUGGCAGCGCCUCCUCGGCCUGGCCCGCUGCAAAGUGCUGACCUGGCUGACGGCCUCGGAGGAGCAGUAGCAGGAUGAUCUGUGAGCCCUGGUGGAGCGGCGCCCGGGACUGGCCGCCCAGCUUUGCACUUGCAGGAGCACUGUUGGGAAUUCUACCCAGCAGACGGACUCCCUGCUCUGGAUUGCGGGAUGAGUCUCCCCUUCAGGCGCUGUGGCCUUUCAGAGGAGGAAGUGCCGAAGUACCAAGGAGCCUCGCAUGGGCAGCACACUCUCCCAGUCCUUUACAACCCUCUCUAAGCAUUUUACAGAGUCAGCCUCUUGCCCCAAAAAAUCUGGAUCCUAAUUUUACCCAUGUCAGAAGGAUGCAAUACUGAGUCAACUUUGAGCCUGGUGAGAUUGGAGCUGCCAAAUUGCUGGCAGUCAGCAGAAGCAGCCUGCAGUUCUGCAUUCUAACUACUGUGUCACCAUGGCUGAUUGGAAUAAUGGAAUAAAUCCAUAAAAAAAAUAAAUCAAACAACAAUAAUCUUUCUGUCACGUUGUGGUGUCCAGCGUAAGAAAAGCCAGCAACACAAGUUGAUGUUAGAUUGUUUAUCUGGAAAUGUGUCCCGGCACGAAGCGACCGUCCAAAAGGAAUCAGUUUGUGCUACCUUGGUUAGCUCACCCGCUGCUUAUAUUGUGCCCUACUGCCCCUGUGUGUAUACCCCACCCCUCCCAUCAACCCAGUGGUGAAAUGUAAAAUUUGUUGCUACUGGUUCUGUGGGUGUGGCUUGGUAGUGGGGGGGUCAUGUGACUGGAUGGGCGUGGCUUAUUUCAUUUUUUCACUUCUUAAAAGCAUUUGUUUACUACUGUUUCGAGUGAAUAGGUAGUAAAAAAAUGCUGUUAAAAAAGGUUCUGGCAAUUGCGCAGCGCAGCUUGAACCGGAGCGAAUUGGUAGCAUUUCACCGCUGCACCGACCACUUAGAUGGCCUCCGCAGUCCGGCCACGCCCCUAGCCACCCAUCCUGUCUCAUCCUGCCUGGCUUCCGGGUGCCAUCCAUGCUCCGACGAACAGCUGUUUCUCUCUGAGCUGGGUACAGCCAGGGUUCUGCUAGUUAGGUGGCAGCUCCGUCGAUGCAGGAGCGGGCAGCCAGUCAAAGUCUGGGGGGUCCUAGCCAGGCGGCAGCCCAUGGACGACUGAGUGAAGCAAUGCGGGUCUCUUGGGCGGCAGCUCCAUGGCAGCCUGGCGGUUGCCGGCUGUGUGCGCACGUCCACUCCUCACCUAGCCAAAUGGUGGCCCUGGCCUUUCUGAAAGUCUGGGGCUGCCACUUUCAAGGGGUCCCUUCCAGGCACUCAUAACUCCUGUUUCUGGAAGGCGGCCGGCUGAUUUCGGCGCCCAAGCACCGGAAAAAUGAUUUCUUUUCAGAAAUGAAUCUUAUCUUGAGAGUUCUUAAGCUUCUUUUUGUCCCAUUAGAAACUUCAGAACUCUUCCAAACUUUCUGUUUAUGAUCCAUAAAAGUUUUGCAAAAUUUUGACAACCCAGCUGUGGGCUUUGCCACUCCUAAACUUCCUCAAAUAUAGCGGUAUCAACCUUGGAUCACUUUAAGACCAACUCCCAGAAUUCCCCAGCCAGCUGAAGUCCACAGACCUUAAAGCAGGGGUGAAAUCUAAAAAAAUUCCCUACCGGCUGAAGAGCUUGUAGAAAACAUGUUUUUUUAAGAUUCUGCUGAUGAGGAACUCAGCUGCAAUCACCAGAGGAGCCUUUUAAAACUUUUUUUUUUUUACAACGUG